GCACAUUACUCACAUAUCGAUUCGCUAGUUUUGUCGCCUCUUUGGCGAGUUCCUAUUAAUCGCUAUCUAAUUUUAGUAUGUAGUCAUAUAUUUUACAAAAAUUACGUUGUGUGCUUCGUUGUUAUUAAUAACAAAAUAGGUUAUAUUUCCUAUUUGUUAUAGUGUUUUGUGGCUACAAAAUUGCAGAAUAAUUAUUAUUAGAAAGUAAGCAAAAACAUAAAUACAUGGAGGAGAAAAGACCGGAUCAAUCUUUCUUUAAAUCCAUUAAACAGAAAUACAAUCAGCUGAAACUUCGUGUGAAGUACGGAAAAAUAGAUUUCAAUCCUGGGGAGAUCAAGAUUAAUACCCCCUUGCAUAAAGUUGCAGAAAGUGGCGACCGUGAACUAACAAGAUUGCUACUAAAGUUAUCUCCUGACGCAGAAGCAUCUGCUAAUCGUGUAAAUAAUGAUGGCGACACUCCAUUACAUGUUGCUAUAAAAAAAAUGUGGCAACUAAAACAUAGGAAUUGUAGAAAUAACGAUAAUGUGGCGCUUUUGCUAAUAGAGUCAGGAGCAUCUGUUAAUUGUGUAGAUGCAAAUGAUGAUACGCCACUGCAUGCUGUUAUAAAACAAAUGUGGCAACUAAAAUAUUGGCAUUGCAGGUGUUACGAGAAUUUGGCAUGUUUGCUAAUAAGGUCAGGAGCAUCUGUUAACUGUAGAGAUGCAAAUGCAGACACGCCAUUACAUGCUGCUAUAAAACAAACGUUGCCACAACAACCUAUCAGAUAUAUUGUAGCACAAGAGUUAAUAAUGUCAGGAGCAUCUGUAAAUUGUGUAAAUGCCAAAGGUGAUUCUCCAUUACAUUUGGCAAUAAGAUUUUUUGUAUUACAAUUCGAAUAUGUACCUUGCGGGACAAUAAACCUACUUUUGGGACACAUGUCCGAUGUUAAUAGUACAAACAAUAGAGGGUUUACACCUCUGCAUGAAGCAGUACAAGCAGAAAAUGUGAAAAUGGCAGAUUGGUUAAUAAUAGAAUCUAGAAAUGAGAAUUUUAAUGAUUAUGAACCAUAUUAUACUAAUAUAUCAUUCAGAAAAUAUAAGCGCCGUGUGCCCUUUCGUAUGCAAUCUGUUUACGAUGAUGCUGGUAAUAAAUUCCUUAACCGGUUUUUUUACUCAGUAGAGUCAGAAGACACUACGUUUUUGGUGGAUUUGGUUAGAAUGUUAUUAGAAGCGGGAGCAAAUGUUAAUCAACAGACUGCCGAAGGGUGGACACCAUUACAUUUUGCAGUUCAACGAGGUCUAACAGAUAUUGUUGAUAUACUAUUGCAAAAAGGGGCCAGCGUUACCUUAACCGCGCAGAAUCUGCCAGCACGUAUACUACUUAAAGCGCCAAUAAAGGUGAUGGUAAAGAAUGGAUUAAUGUUUAAAGUAGUUAAUGACGGUUAUGUAAAUUUAUACUCUGGUAAUACUGUUUUGCAUCAAGCUGCAGAAUCGGAUAUAACGGAUAUAGCAAAACUUAUUUUAGAUAAAGGUGCUGAUAUUAAUGCACAAAAUUCUAGAGGAAAAACUGCUCUACAUAUUGCGGCAGACAAUGCUAAAUAUCAUAUGGUCGAAUUUCUAAUAUUAAAUGGAGCCAAUCUUAGCAUAAAAGAUAACUAUGGAUUGGUACCUUUAGAGAAUAUCUAUACAGGUCCUUAUGAAUUAGUAACUGCUGCUACUAAGAAAUACUAUGAUGGUGAUGAUGAUGAUGAUGGGUUUGAUGAUGAGUCGUAUUUGGGUUAUCGACGAGAAUUGCUUAAAUAUAUUGUUUUAUGGCAAUAUAACCAGGAGUAUCUAUUUGUGAAAAAUAUCCACGAUGAAGAAUAUACUAUUUCUAACUGUAUGCCAUUAAUAACAAAUUUUACAAUACAAUUUUUGUGGGAUAAAUAUGAAGAUACUGUUGAUAAAAUGAAAGAUUGUAUAUUUGAGGGGAGUAAUAUUUCCUUGUACACAAUCCUCAGACAUAUCUUUAAUGACCAACUGCUCGCAGUAUAUCUAAGAAAGAAAUCAGUAAUCCAGUCCUUGCAUAGUAUUGAUAGAUAUUGUGCAAUGUUUCCGGAGUAUGAAAAAGUUAUAGAGAUACUUCCACAUAAACUGAAAUCUGCAGAAGAAAGAAGUUCUUUAUUAAAUAAACUGAUUAUGGAAUAUAAUAAAGUUUUACCUCUAGAAAUCGUUCUUCAAAUUUGUAGUUACCUGAAUAACUCCGACUUGAAAAAAUUUGUUGUAGCGCUCUGUGAAGCCAGUUUUACUUUUAAAAACUUGCACGAAGAAGGAAAAAUAGUUAAGUUUGUUUGGGUUAAAGCUCACUGUGGGAUUAUCCAUAAUGAAAAAGUAGACAUGCUCGCCAAGGAAGCAUUAGAUUCUGAUAAUUUUAACAAGCAAGCUGAGCUUGGAGGAGAGAUUUCUAAACAGGUGUCGUCUCUUAAGAGAGACCCUGGAUCUCGCAAGAAUCAACAAUACAUUAAAGAGCGUCAGGAUAGAUUAGAGGAUUAUUGGACAAGGUUUGGGCAUAACCACGAGAAAUUAUUAGAUAGCGGAGUAACGAAAGACAAGUACUUCGAAACAAAAUACUACGAGCAGGUUUUUAAGACAUAUAUUGAGGGAAAAACCCUAUUGGAAGAAUAUGGAAGAAUAUUGAAAAGAGGAAAGACAACAAAAGGAAAGGAGAUACAAAUAAGAAAACAAAAAAUCGAGGAAUUAUUAAAAGAAUAUGAACAGGAGUUGCAGUACGAUGAAGAACUGCAAGCAGAAUUGAAAGAACACAUGGAGAAAAUAAACACACUCAUCAUAGAAGCAACAGUAAAUGAUGAGCUAGACGUUAUAGACAGUGACGAAGUAGAGAGGAUAGAUCAGCUAAGGAGGAAGGUCAGGGAAACGAUAAAGAAAAUGCGGCCUGCAAUGCAACGACCAGACAGCACACAGAGAAGAGAGGGAGUAACAUUACCGCAGGUAAUACAUGAAAACGAACAGUUGUCGAGAGCAGAGAAGAUGCAGUACCUCAAAACACAAGUAAGAGGGGAAGCCCACAGGAUGAUACAACACUUGCACAUAUCCGAAGCCAACUACGAAGUGGCAUGGAACAUGUUAAAGGAAAGAUAUGAGAAUCCGAGGAUGAUACUGUUUAAACUAAUAGACAGGAUGUUACUAGCACAGGAAGUAAAGGAUUCUUCCGCUAGAGCACUGAAAUCACUACAUGACACCUUCCAUGAGUGCCUGGAAACCAUAGGAGGGUUGGGAACAGACACGGAAGCGUGGAGCCCAUUGAUAGCGCGAAUUAGCAUCACAAAAUGGGACAAUGAGACAAGGAGACUAUACGAAAACCACAGCGGAGACAGUAGAGAGAUACCGACGUUCAAGUCAACACAAACGUUUCUACAGCGACGAUUCCAAACACUGGAACUGCUGGAGUCAGAAAAGAGACAAGAGAAACAAGGAGGAACGGUUAAGAAAACAAGAAUGGGUUGCGUGAUAUGCAACGGAGAUCACGGAGUACCAUACUGCAGAGAAUUUCUGGAACUCAAGGUAAAAGACCGGAACAGGAUAAUACGAGAAAAAGAAUGGUGUGCGAAUUGUCUAGCACAUAAGAAGGAGAAACAAUGCUUUUCACAGAUGAGGAUAAAUGAACAGAUGAACAAGUUUAACAAAGCACUAUUCACAGGCCUACAAGAAAUAUCAAAAGGAAUCAAUGAAGUAGAAGACAAAGCAUUAAGACUAGAAACCGAAUAUAGCACGUUACGAAUACAAACCAUAGCAUUACAAGUUACGGAGUUCAUAAACGAAUAUAUUCAAUUUUACGAGGGAAUAUUAAACCUGCACUACAACCACGGCCAUUUCGUUGAUAUAAUAAAGCCGGGUCAAAUAACCAAGUUAAUAGAAAGAGCGGGGAAGACACUACCACAAGGAGUGGAAAUACGACGACAACCCAUUAUAGAAACAGAGGUCAGCCAUGACGACAAGUAUAUAAAGGUCAUCGGCUACUUCAUAGUGACAGGGAGAAAUAAUUACAGCAUGCUCAAGAUCACCGCGAUACCACUUAAGGUCGAGGGGUCAGUGUUGCAUUCGUUUGUCGCCCCAAGAAAUCUACUGGUUGUAGAUUAUAACACUCUCCACUACUUCGAAUUGACCGCAGAAGAUAAAGCAAGAUGCUUACAGCUGGCACGGGCACAGAUAGCGUGCUCUCCAACGGCCGUAAUGAACAUGGAUACCAAACCAAACUGUAUACUGGAAGAAAUUUAUGAGCGAUCUAAGAAUAGCACAUGUCCAGUGGUUACCCGGGCAAUACAUCAAGCUCAGUGGAGUAAGAUGGGUACACCCAACCUUUGGUUAAUAAUCACACCGAUUCCGAUACACCUGUCCAUUAUCUGUGAUGGAAAUCGGAACGAAAGAGUUCUGGAGCGAGUCUCAUUUCUGAAACUCUCGCCCCGAUGCAUCGCCCGAACGAAAAACAUUACAUUACUCCCCACUAGCAGCGGGGUGGAGACAGCGAUAACCAGCUACCUGAAGACUCCGAUCACUCCUGUAGCGCAGUUGCUGACGAUGCCAAGACAUCUGUUAAAUACGAUUCAACCCACACACAUUAACACACAAGGCGAUGAAUUCCGUACUAUACUAUUGGACGAAGAAAGUCUGGAGCAAGAAGUAGCGCAUACGCCCUGGCGAAAGAUACAUGAGUCACAUUGGACUUAUUUAACGGCCACCGGGGUCAUUACUUCGAUUGUGGUGAUUGGUCUGCUCAUAUUGUGGAGAUACUGUCCUGGUAUACGAAAAUGUCGCUCAGGCAAAGCACUUAGGCAGACACCCGACCACGAGAAUAACUGUUACCAGAAAGUAAUUAAAUACAUGGAGCAAAAAAGAUCUGAUCAAUCUUUUUUUAAAUUCAUUAACCAGAAAUACAAUCGGCUGAAACUUCUUAUACAGUUUAGAAUAACAGAUGUCAAUUCUAGGAAUAUCUGGAAUAAAACUCCCUUGCACUUUGCGGUACUGCCUGGUGACGAAGAACUGGCAAGGUUGCUAAUUAAGUCAGGAGCAUCUGUUAAUUGUGUAGAUACAAAUGGUGAUACGCCAUUACAUUGGGCAGUACGAUUCGGCAGUGUAGACACGGUAAUCCAACUUUUGAAACACAGAUCCGAUGUCAAUAGUAGAAACAAUAACGGAUUUACACCUUUGCACGAAGCGGUAUAUGCAGAAACUGUGAAAACAUCAAAAUGUCCACUAGGAAGUAAUGCCUACCUUAACGUCCGUAUACCCAGGGGUCUGAAAUAUAUAUAUGAUAACGUUGGUAAUGAGUUCCUUGUAACCAGCGCUCCUACGCUUCACUAUAUUUACGAUAAUGCUGGGAAUGAGUUCAUUAAAAUAUAUCCUUGUCAUUUAUCCAUUUUAUCAACCGACACUGCUUCGACUUUGGUCAGAAUUUUAGUAGAAGCAGGAGCAGAUGUUAACCAACAGACUGUCGAAGGGUGGACACCAUUGCAUUUUGCUGUUCAACGGAGCCUUAUAGAUGUUGUUGAUAUACUAUUGCAAAAUGGGGCUAGCGUUAUCCUAACAGCACAAAAUCUUCCAGUACUACUCCGAAUGCCACGAAAGGUGCGAGCAUUAUACGGAAUCUGUUAUAAAGUAGUUAAUGAUGACAAUAUGCAUGUAGACUCAGGUAGUACUGUUUUACAUCAAGCUGCAGAAUUGCCUACAACGGAUAUAGCAAAACUAAUUUUAGAUAAAGGUGCUGAUAUUAAUGCACAAAAUUCUAGAGGAAAAACUGCUCUACAUAUUGCCGUAGAAAAUUCUCAAAGGGAUAUGGUCAAAUUCCUGAUUUUAAAUGGGGCCAAUAUUAACAAAAAAGAUAACCAUGGAAAAGCCCCUUUAGGAAAUAGUUUGGAUUUAUUAGAUUUUAGUUUCGAUAAACAAAUAUGGAUUAAAUACAUUGUUUUAUGGCAAAAGCGCCAGGAGUAUCUAUUUAUGAAAAGUUCUCUAAUAGAUUCUAGAAUGCAAACCUGGUGGGACCAUUGUGAAGAUACUGUUAAUAAAAUGAAAGAUUUUUCAUUUGAGAAAAGUAAUAUAUCCUUAUACACAAUCCUCAGAAACAUCUUUAACGAUCACCAAGUUGCAGAAUACAUGCAAACUAAAUUAAUAAACCUAUCCUCCCCGGAUUGGAUCUGCAUUGAUAUAUAUUGUAAAAGGUUUCCAAAGUAUAAAGAGGUUAUAAAGAUAAUUCCACAUAAGUUGAAGGCUGCUGAACAAAGAAAUUCGUUAUUAGAUAAACUUCUUUCGGAAUUUAAUGGAAUUAUGCAUCAAUUACCCCCAGAAAUACUUCUUGAAAUUUGUAGUUACCUAAAUAACUACGAUUUUAAAAAUUUCGUGCUAGCUUUCUCUGAAGCCAGUUGACAAAAUUGGUUGAUAUGGCCAUUAUAGAUAUAUUUUAUUACAUUAGAAAAAUAAAGACAAGCUAGUUUGGUCUAGGCAUAGGUCCUGAAUGCGAUAGGAUGAACUAGUUACGCGAUAGGAUAAACUUACGAACUUACCCUAGGCUAAACUAAUGUAUCCUGAUAUUAAUACGGACACGGCAGCAUAAACUAGUACGUCCUAGCAUGGGCGUCCGCAGGAUCAAAACUAGGGGAGGGCAGAUUUGAGAAAUAAAAAAAUUGGUUAGAUAAGCAAUAAUAAAUAUAGACGUAAAUUGAGAGUCUUCAAAGAGGGGAGAGGGUGAAGGGGUUUCCUAAGAAAAGCUUUGAAAAUAACGUUUUUGGAGCCAAAAUUAUAACUCAAUGACUUCAUACAAAAAUGAAGCAAACUAAAUAUAAUUUAAAAAUUUUUUUAAUGAUUUUUACAAAAACGUGAUACAAAUUUAACAAGUUUAUUUCCUUCUGGAUAAGUCUUCGAUUUGUGAAGCAAGAUAAAUUGUCUGUUCCUAAACACUAUUAUUUAAACAACAAUUUACGCGGGUCAAUUGUAAAUUCUUGUAAAACUGUCUCUACAAACUCUUUCUUUUUUGGUAAUAUUUGUUUUCGAUGAAUGCUCAUUAGAGCUAACCCAUUAAAGCGAUCUUCGACCAUUGUACUCCGCAGCCAUGUUUUUAUACUUUGAAGACUGCUGAACGACCUCUCAACUGUACACGUAGUGCAAGGAAAUGUUACGAGAAUUUCCAGCAAAAUUUUUGUUAACGGAUAAAAAGUAGUGGACGCUCGAACCAGUUCCAAAAUUUCAAGGGUGUUGAAGAUGUCUAACUCAUUGCGUUUUUUAUUCCAAUGUUCUACCCGUACUUCUAGCUCUGCAUCUAUUCCAUUUCUUUCAUAGUGGUUUAAGGAUUGUCUCAGUUGUUCUAAUUUAAGGCCGUUUAAAUCAAUUUUUGAUAAAUGCUUGGGAUGCAGAAGAGUCAGAGCGAAGUCUGGCGUAUUUUCUUCGGAAAACCGUGUCUCUAGAGAAGAUAUGAAAGAAUCAUGGAUCGCCUCCAGUAUUUACUAGGCGUAUCAGCUGGUUGAUUGCUUCUAUGCUGUUGCUUGUCUACAGUUCUAGGGGUAGAUAAUUCCAAACCGCAUUCUUCGGCUAUCUUAUUGGCUUCAUGCAAUGAAGUGUUUGUUACGUUCUCUGCGUUCUGUCUGUGUUUUUUAAAAAUAUCCAUGAUUUGACGAAUAUAUUCCGCUACCUUUAAAACAUUAGUUUGCGCAGAUUGUACGCGGUUGACUAUAGGCUCUAGGUAUUCAGAAUAUUUUGCAAUCACAAUGACAGCGACGAUAAAUCCUGACUUGCAUGCCACAGAAUACAACUGAUAAGAUGUUUUUCUAGUGACCAAUUUCCUUCAACGGAUAGGGAUUGCAAGGCCUGUACAAUUUCAAUGAAAUUUUUUCGAAAAACCCUAAUUACUUUGUAUUUCUCGAACCACCGCGUUUCGCAGAGGCUAGGGAUAUUUGCUAUCGUAUUCCUUCUUAAUACUGAUUCACGGAAGAAAUUGUUUGUAUAAUUAAUAGUUGCAAUAGUAUUUCCAACUUCAUUUAAGCUAUUUAAAUCGUUCACAACUAAAUUUAAGCUGUGUGACGCACAGUGAAAAAAAAGAUUCGAAUAGAAAGAAAAUACGAAUUCAGGGGUGGUUGCAGUUGCUUGCAGAUUUAAAAAAAUAUUAGGUAAAUAAAAUAAUAGCAGAUUUCAAAUUUUCAUUAAAGUUUUGUUAAGUUUAUGUGGUUUUUUCAUCCCAGCUAGAAUAUAGAAACAGAGUGGUUGCAUUCAAAAUCAAGAUUAAGUUACAAAUUCGUAUUUUUCUAUAUUGCUUAUUCAACAAUAUUACACUCGCCUCGUCCUCUCUAGGGGGGGGCAGCUGCCCCCCUCUGCCCCUCCCUGUGGACGCCCAUGCGUCCUAGUAUAAACAUUAUAUCUAGUGAUCAAAAAUUAUUGUCAUCAUAGUGGGCUCUGAAGAACAGAGAUAUCUAAACAGUGCAUGUCUACGAUUAAUUCAGAUAUAAUUCAGUUUAUGUCAAUUUUGACUUUUCAAGUUUUAGUAUAGAAAAUGAUUAUUAACAAGCUGAAAAUGCGAGCAUUAUCAUAACGAAAACUUUGUAUAUUUACGUAUUUUAAUUCCUAAUAAUAUGGAAAAUUUCUAUUAUGAAAAGUAGUUUAGUAAUAAAUUAAUAAUUAUGUUUUAAUGUGCAAUUAUAUCAUUCUAAUUUAAAUGUUAUGAACUAUAACGGUAGUUUACUCUUGAUCGAAAUUCAUAUUUUUUAUAUACCUCGUAUAAAAUUAAUAAAAUUUUAUAUACGAUGGUUGCAUCAUAAAUCUUAGAACAUGAAGAGCUUUUCAUGAAGAAUAACUUUUCUUCGUCAAAUUAAAAAAAAAGAGUUAUAAAUGAAAAUGUUGUUGGUAUCCAUAAUUUGAGAAAAAUCUUCAAAUAUUUUUUUUCCAUUAGAAGGAUGUAAUUGCACAUAUCAGACCAUAAUUUUUUAUACCAAACAAUAUUAUUUCAUAUACUGUCGGUUCGCUAAACUCAGACAAUACUGGCUAGUGCUUUUAGUCAAUAAUUUUGCCAAUUCGACAAAAAAAUAAUUUAUAAAUAGUUUACAUUUACUAAAUAAUUAGUAAGUAAUUUUCCCAAUUUCGGCAAAAUUCCCAAAAAACAAAAAAUUACCUACUAAAAUCACUAGCGUUGUGUCGAGUUUAGCGAACCGACUAGGUAUAUUUUAAUUUCAUAGCAAAUGGAACAGUCCAUUUAUCAUAAAGAGGAGGCCGUAUACUAGUAUAAACCUUUUUAAAACUGUUAAUAAAUGAUUGCUUUUAAAAUAUUUUACUCAAAUUGUAUUUUUAAACACCUUUAUUUUAUAUAAUAAUUAAAUUCACUAUCAAAUGUCA